AUGGCGCAGAACACUGCGGUUGGGUGGACGAUCUCCGGUCGACAACCCAUUGACGGCGCUGAAGAUCAAGCCAUUUGCCUCUCUUCCUUGACUGCGGAAGAGACGCCCAAGUGGCAUCAACAGCUCAUCAGCCUGCUCCAGCGAUUCUGGGAGCUUGAGGACGUACCCCCGGCCUAUCGAGUUUCCCCGCUUGAGCGACACUGCGAGGAACUGUUUGCAGCCCACACGCGCGACAACACGGGAAGGUACACUGUGCGGCUUCCCCUGAAGCGCGACGCCGCGACUACCCUUGGGACAAGCGAGGCUUCAGCACGCGCGUCGCUGACAAGCUUGCACCGACGCAUGGAGAGAAACCCGGAGUUCGCCAAGGCCUACUGUGACUUCAUGGAGGCCUACGAGCGACUGGGCCACAUGAGACGAAUGACCCCGAGCGAGACGUCAGCAGCUGUCGUUCCGGCCAACUACAUUCCUCACCACGGCAUCUGGCAACAGAGCGAUGCGGGGGCGAAACUGCGAGUAGUGUUUGAUGCCUCAAGGCCCACAUCAAACGGAGCAAGCUUGAACGAUGUGCUCUGUCGAGGUCCGAAGUUGCAGCGUGACAUCUGGGUCGUCUUACUGAGGUGGCGAACUUAUAAGGUCGCUUUCUGCUCGGAUAUCCGCAUGAUGUUCCGGCAGAUCAAGGUCAACAAGCUCGACGUCGAUUGGCAGCGCAUUCUCUGGAGCCCGAACAGCAGGGAGCCGGCGCGUCACUUUCAACUUCUCACAGUGACGUACGGCACAGCGUGCGCCCCCUACCUGUCACUGCGCACCCUGCAGCAGCUGUGCGACGACGAAGGUGACAAGUAUCCGAGGGCCAGAACAGCCGCGCUGAGAGACCGCUAUGUGGACGAUGUGCUGUCCGGAGCCGAUGAUGUGGAGAACGCCUUGACACUGAGGGACGAGCUCAUUCAGCUGAUGAAGGCGGGCGGCUUUCCCUUGGGUAAAUGGGUGGCCAACCACCCUCGGCUGUUGGAGGACCUGGACGCCGACGACCGUCUUCGACCAGCUUGGAUUACCUUCACUAAGGAUGAGCCCGUGAAGGAACUGGGCGUCCGCUGGAGCCCUCAGCAGGACACUCUCGGCCUGAGCUUCCCGACCGAUCGAGCUGGCUGCCUCUGCAAGCGCGUGGUACUAUCGGAGCUAGCCACGCUGUUCGAUCCGUGCGGUUGGGUGGCACCGGCUACGCUGCUCGCAAAGAUGCUCGUCCAAGACCUCUGGAGAGCGCGUCUUGAUUGGGACGAGGAACUGCCGGCCUCGAUGGCGCGUCGUUGGAAGGAGAUUCGAAGUAGCUUCUCUGCGGUAGAGAGACUCUCUGUUCCUCGUUGGCUUGGUACGACGUCGACAACGACUGACUUGAGUAUCCACGUCUUCGCCGAUGCAAGCCGACGUGCCAUGGCCGCGGUGGCUUACUCGAGGGUCGGUCCCGUCGAUCAGGAGUCCAUCACGAGGUUGUUAGUAGCGAAGACCAAGCUCAGUCCAAUUCGCAGUUUACGUCCACCAUCAACUGCUGUACCUCGAAUGACGAUCCCGCGCCUCGAGCUGCGAGCCGCUCUGAUCGCCGCCAGACUGCUACACACCAUCUGCGAGGAGCUCAGUGUGGACAUUCAUAGCUGCUGCGCCUGGUCUGACUCUCGCAUUGCCUUGCAUUGGAUCGGCUCUGAGGAACCGACAGGGAACUCUGUGGUGGACAGUUAUGUCCACCAAAUUCAGGAACUCGUGCCAGGCAGUCUGUGGCGUCAUGUGCCGUCAGCCGAGAACCCCGCAGACGUGGCGUCAAGGGGCGCUAGUCUCGAACAGCUCCUGGAUCGUAGCUGCUGGAUCUCCGGUCCUGGCUGGCUGUCGCGACCGUCGUCAAUGUGGCCUUCAACCGAGCGAGCAUUGGAGCCGCCAGCCAGCCCACCUGUCGCUGCUCAAUGUCUACAGAUCAGCGCCGAAGAUCGCACGGAGCGAAGCCACAUUUCGCUUUUCUCUGACUUGAACCGUUUGCUCGACUUCAUGGUGCGACUCCGCCGCUGGAUGAGAUCACGACUCAGACGCUUGCCCGUCGCACCAGUCCUUCAAGCUCUGACACCAAUAGAGCUGAGUGAGGCUUAUGAGGCUUGCGUUCGAGAGAGCCAGAAACGCAGUUAUCCUGAGGAUAUCGCGGCGUUGUCGAGAAACCGCCCUGUUCCUGCGAGGGGGCCGCUGGCAGCGCUCAAUCCAUUUGUGUGUCCGAAUGGUGUCCUCCGCGUUGGCGGGCGGCUGCAACAUUCGUCGCUGUCAUUCGAGCAGAAGCAUCCACCGAUUCUUGACGCCUCAUCUCCUCUCGCUGGACUAGUGAUAGCUUGGGCCCACCAGCGAGCGAAGCACGGGGGCUUCCGAGCGACGUAUGUGCACGUACUCCAGCGCGCUUGGCUGAUUCACGGAGCCCGUCACAUUCGACGCUACGUGAAGCAAUGUGUCACCUGCGUCGCAAGCCGAGCACGACCGGCUACCCAACUCAUGGCAGCCCUGCCUCAAGAGCGCGUCUCACCUAGCCCUUCCGGUCGGUUGUUCCAGCGCACUGGUCUAGAUUAUGCCGGCCCGUUCAUGAUUCUCACGGCGAAGGAGAGUAAGAGAACAACCAAGGCCUGGGUGGCUGUCUUCGUUUGCCUGGCGUCGAAGUUGAUUCACCUCGAACUGGUCGGCGACUUGACGACUGAGAGCUUGCUUGGGGCGCUCGAGCGAUUUAGUGGUCGCCGCGGCCACCCCUCCGAAAUUUGGAGUGAUAAUGCGACUCAUUUCCACCGUGCUGACCUUGAGAUCAGGGAAGCCUUCGCGAGGCAGAAUGUCACCAAUCGACUCGCUGAGCAAGGAACUCUAUGGCGAUUCAUUCCCCCUGGCGCGCCGCACUUUGGAGGACUGUGGGAGGCGGCCGUGUGUUCCUUCAAAAAACACCUGAAGAGGACUAUGGGACCGAGGCGAUUGACCUACGAAGAGUUCUCGACCCUCCUCGUAGGUAUCGAGGCGGUCUUGAAUAGCAGACCCCUAGCGCCUGUGUCGAACGAUCCAGAGGACUUGGACGUGUUGACUCCCGGCCAUGGCGUUCUCGGUACUGCAUUGACGACGAUUGCGGCCCCUGCACCGGAUGAAGAGGAAGAAGUAGACCUUGAUUCGCUGAAGCACUGGAAGCUCGUCCAAGGCGUGCACGCUAUCUUCUGGAAAAGAUGGAGCAAGGAGUACCUGAACACCUUGCAGCAAAGAACCAAGUGGACAAGACGCCGGGCCUCCAUCGACGUCGGGGACAUGGUGCUGGUAGUCGAUCCCUACCUUAUUCAAUCAAACGGGAAGUGGCCUCUGGGCAGGAUCAUUGGCGUCCAUCCGGGUCGCGAUGGUCUGGAUCGCGUCGCCGUCGUGCGGACUGCUCGGGGAAUCUACACUCGUCCCAUCGUCCGGCUGGUGGCUCUCCCAAUCAAGACAGCGCUUGAGGCUGGGCGCGAAGAAGUGCCAGACGCUGGUCCGGACUCAUAA